AUGGCGGCGGCGGCGGCGGAGGCGUGGGCGGCGGCGCGCGACAAGUUCCGCGCGGCGCGCGCGCUGUCCCGCGUGGAGUCGCGCAAGGACCCCGCCACGGAGCCGUUCCGCUCCAAGUACGCGGCGCGCGCGCUGCUGGAGGAGGUGAAGCAGCUGCUGAGCGGCGCGGCGGAGGGCGGCGAGGCGGUGCGGCGCGCCGUGCUCGAGUACGAGCUGGGCGUGAACCACGCGGACACGGAGGAGCUGUCGGCGGGCGAGGAGCACCUGCUGCGCUGCACGCGCCUCCUGCAGCCGCAGCGCCUCUCCCGCCGCUGCGUGGCGCUCUACAUCCAGGCGCAGAACAACCUGGGCAUCCUGUGGUCCGAGCGCGACGAGAUCCACACGGCGCGGGAGCACCUGGAGGCGGCGGAGAGCGCGUACCAGCAGUACAUGAAGGAGGAUGGAAACCCUCCCUUGGACCCCAGUGAACACUUUAUGGAUGAAGAAGAAAAACUCACAGACCAAGAAAGAUCAAAAAGAUUUGAAAAAGCCUAUACCCACACUUUAUAUUACCUGGCACAAGUCUACCAGCACCUGGAGAUGAUUGAGAAGGCUGCCCAGUAUUGCCACACCACUCUCAAGCGACAGCUGGAGUUUAGUGGCUACUACCCGGUAGAAUGGGCACUCAAUGCUGCUACCUUGUCACAGUAUUAUCUCUCCAAGCAAUGCUUUAUGGAGGCCCGACACUGCUUAGCAGCAGCCAACGUCAUCUUUAGCCAAGCUGGACAGGUUCCUUCUGCUGAAGACAAUGAAACAGAGCAAGACCAACAGGACCUUCGGCAGAGGAAAGCUGAAAUUGCAAGAUGCUGGAUUAAGUAUUGCCUCAAUCUUUUGCAGAGUGCUCGGAAAUUACUUGAGGAUAACAUAGGAGAGCUGGAUCUUGACAGGCAAUUGGAACUUAAAGCCCAAAGGAAGAAAGAGGAGGAUGAAAAAGAGAACGGCAGGAAGAAAGCUGUCCUGUUUGUGACGAGUGAUAUAUGUGACUCCGUCUUAGCCAUGGAGGAGAAAGUGAGCUGUGUCUAUCCUUUAGAUUUCCAAGAAGCCCGAGAAAUCUUCCUGGUGGGUCAGAACUAUGUCCAGGAAGCAAAAGAGUUCUUUCAGGUUGACGGYUACGUUACCGACCACAUAGAGAUUGUUCAGGAUCACAGUGCCCUCUUUAAGGUGCUUGCUUUCUUUGAGGAAGACUACGAGCGGCGCUGCAAGAUGCAUAAGCGUCGAGUAGACAUGCUGGAGCCUCUCUGUGCAGACCUGAAUCCUCAGUACUACCUGCUGAUCAGUAGGCAGCUGCAGUUUGAGCUAGCAGACACCUACUACGAGAUGAUGGAUUUAAAGGUAGCUAUUGGUAACAGGUUAGAAGAGCUAGACCCCCACACCAUUAAAAAGAUCAAUUCGCUAGCUCAGUUAGCAAUCAAGUACUACGAACUGUUCUUAGAUUCUUUGAGAAACCCAGAUAAGGUGUUUCCCGAAGAGCUCGAGGAGGAUGUUCUUCGCCCUGCCAUGGUGGCCAAAUUCCAUAUUGCCCGGCUGUACGGUAAACUUAUUACUUCGGACGGCAAAAAGCAACUGGAAAACAUGCAGACCUCAUUGGAAUAUUACACAUUUCUGGUAGACUAUUGUGAGAAGUAUCCAGAUGCUGUCCGUGCCGUUGAAACCGAACUAGAGCUCAGUAAGGAAAUGGUGGGUCUUCUUCCAGCGAGGAUGGAGAGGCUAAGAGCAAAACUCAGUCCAUUCAUAUGAAGGCUUGUCUCGAAAGGAAAUGUGCAAUAUUAAAAUGAUAUCUGUCAAAGCCAGUGCUGUAGGACAGCUGCCAUGCUGACUAAUAGAGCUGUCUACAGCUCAGCACUCCAGCUAGAACCCACAAUAAAGCAACCUUGUGAAAACCUGAGAGCCGUCCAGUUUAGUAGCACACCCACACUAAUGGUAUGAAGUUUAAAUGUGAAUGUCCAGCUGGUGCUUUGUGCUGCUUGUCCUGUGUGUAAAUGUAAGUUCUCUGCCGUACCUUUCUCCCUUUGGCAUGUGGUUUGGUUUCUAAGUGUACUACUCUAUGAAAACUGUUUAUUUCAAUGGAAUCUGUUGAUCUAGAGAUUUUUUUUCCUAAGAAACCUGACGCAUGUUCUUCCAACUAGGAAACACUUUAUCUUUUCUAACCUUUGUCACCAUAAACUAUAUCCAUAUGAAGGGAACUUUAUGUUAUUUCCAGUAUUUAAUGUUGCUCUUUUUUUUCUCUCAAUUAAAAUGCAACCGAUGCAGGCUGAAUAAAUGGACUAGCUUGACUAAAUG